AUGAUUCAAACAUUUUAUAGAUGGAUGCCAAAGAUGAGGUUUAGUUCCAAAAUUGGAUCAUCUAAUGUUUCAAGUGGAUCAAAUACAUCAACUACAUGUAUUAAGUAAAUUGAAUUUACAUAUAGAAUCAAAUCCUACUCCUGUUUAUUUAAGACCAUAUGAUGCUAAAAAGUAUGAGGUUCCAUCAUCAAAAAUCAAAUUGACUACUGGUUAUAGUUUCUUAGAUGUUGAACCCAUGCCCAGAGCCAAAAUAAUGAAAUUAUGUUACACUAUACUAGAUAAACUAAAAGCAGAGAUACCUGAAAAUGUCUUGUAUAGAAUUUACACUGAAGAGAAAUUAAAAUACAUCAUGCGUAUUACAGAUGAAAUCGAUGAUAUUCGAUAAUUGGAAGAAGAGUUCGGUUUUGAACAAAUUGAAUUCUUGAUUUAAUAAUUGGCCAAAGAAGUCGAUCUAGUUGAUCAGAUGAAGUAAGUGUUUAACCUGUAUCAGAUAUUACAAACCUUGGGAAAAGACUUAGGAUGAUAGCACUUUUGAAUUGCUAAGAUAACCACAUCCUGCAUUAAAACAUUAGAGAAACGAAAAACCACCAAGAGAAUAAACAAAAUUUAUUGGAAAUUGA